GAUUUAUAUAGGUAUAUGUUGAACGUUGGACUUCGGAUGUUUGUUCCUUGCCAAGCGGAUGUGAUGGAAGCGUCGGGAGAUUAUUAUUCCGGAUGCCGAGCCACCUCUGCCGAAUCCUUGCCACAAGCCCGCUCUGGAUCGCCAAUGACGUCAUGUAUAUCGAAACCAGUUGCCGCCGCUUGGAAGUCUUGAGGAGCCAUAAUCGCCUACAUUCUACUUGUUUCUCAUUGUUCCGUGUUGAGGAUCCACGAAUUACGUAUACUGCUCGGUGUGAGCAUUUCUAUAUAUAUAUAUAUGAGGGUAUAAAGAUCCAUGCCUAUCAGUGCGCCACAUUUUAAUAUCAUUCUCAACCCCUCAUCUACCCCGGAAAUUAGGAAGCUAUUUAUUGCCUAUUUGAAUCUCGCAUUUCUUUAAGAGUGCCUUAUAUGUCCCCAUAAACCACCACCCAGUUUUAUUGUACCCUACACACACCACGCCAAACAUGUCGUUUCUUGCAAUUCCAAGUACCGCCCGCUUCCUUAACCGCCCAAUUGCCGCUGCGCGGGUUUAUACCCCGUGUCUUAGCCAGGCAUUCCACCAAUCGUCGACUCGGAAUGCUUUGAAGGAGUCUGAUAGGAAUCGAGACAACGUAAAGGAAGCAAUCCGGAUCAGCAAGCAAGAGCACAACCAACAACGGAAGGACGGGGAUCCACGGUGGCAUGAGUCUCUCGCCAGCGUUAGCGAGGCGCACGUAAAAGCUGACCGUGGCGAAAUUACCGAGGCCGCUGCCGAGAUGGAAGAACAAAUGCGGCAGGCGAAGAUGGCCGGGCACAAACCCGCUUCUCCAAGCACCGGUAUUGGGAAGGGAGGCGGGAUGAUGACUUAAAGAGAGGAUUUCAAUUGCAAAUGGGAUAAUUUGCUGGAACGCUUUAAAACUCGCAAGAAAUUCCCGGAUUUUACAUCAAGUAUUCCUUUCCUCGUCUUUCUCUCCGCUCCGACUUGAACACUCUUUGGAUGCUUUUGAGUGGUUGGUUGUUUGGAAUUGAACUCCAACUCUGUAUAUUAUUCAUGCGUUCGUUGUGUUUGUUGGAUUGCAGGAUGUUAGCUUCAAACUCCAACCCUUGCGGCGGGGCAGCUGGAGUGUGAAAAACGAAGCCGGAGAUGAAAUAAAGAAACUAAAGCUGAACUGAACUGGGUAAAAAGGUUAAUGGCCGGCUGCUAUAAACAUGAUGGUAAAACAUCGGAGAAUAGCUUGUGUGCAUAGCUAAAUUGGGAUCCCAUUUAUGUUGUUCUUCCAUACAGUCGUGCAGCAUGAUCCGCAGUGAGAUGAUUCGAAUGUGUUCCACAGAUAAGUAAUCUGCUUAAGGCUAUAUUAGCUAUGACGGUUUUGUAGGUCUAUUGUUAGUAUAGAAGACAUUAAUUAUAAUGGAAACUAUGCUUGGAUGCACAGAAAGAUAAUUUCUGUUCUAAAGAACGCAUCUCUAGGUAUAGACACACGCUCGUAUCUUAGGUGCCUCUUGAUGAGUUGAAUAGAGAGCGCUUAACAUAAGAAACGCAAAGCAAAGGAAGAUGAAGUUAGGAGGAAACAAAAAAGUUGUACGAAAUGCGAAGCGCGCGAAAGAGGGUGGGUGUACACGAAUAAGGAUAGUAGUCUUUGAAAAUGAAAUGCAACCAGGCAUUAGCUGAGUUCUUUACCGAAACACAACGCCAGGUCCCCAAUAGCGCCUGUGAUCAUAUACAGCUUAUAAAUUCGUAUCCAACCCCAGAACGCCUAUGUGGAAUGGCAAACUUAUCCAAGGAAAUAAAAGACUAAGGAGGAAGGGACGGAUUGGUGAAAGAAUGAGCGGAAACGAUAGCCUGCAAGGAUUGGUGGCAUCUUAUUUCAAGAUAACAAUCAAG